AUGGCUCCCCAAAGCUCCGUUCCUGCUAACAGCAAGGGCUCAUGGACAAGUUUCCUGAAAUCAAUCGCCUCCUUUAACGGUGAUCUAUCCUCCUUGACUGCUCCACCUUUUAUCCUGUCGACCACCUCUCUCACCGAAUACUCGGCCUACUGGGCUGAGCACCCUGCUGUCUUCGUCGCACCAGCCAAGGAGGCCGACCCCGCAAAGCGUGCCCUCCUAGUUCUGAAGUGGUUCCUGAGUACUCUUCACCAGCAGUACUGCAGCCGUAGUGAGAAGCUCGGCAGUGAGAAGAAGCCUCUGAACCCCUUCCUGGGAGAGCUGUUUAUUGGAAAAUGGGAGGGCGACGCGGAGGUCGGCGAGACAAACUUGAUCAGUGAACAAGUCAGCCACCACCCUCCAGCUACUGCCUACGCUAUCCGCAACGAGAAGAACGGUGUUGAGUUGCAAGGAUACAACGCCCAGAAAGCCUCAUUCUCCAGCACCAUCCUCGUCAAGCAAAUUGGCCACGCUCUAUACACACUGACCCCACCUGGGUCCAGCGAGAAAGAGCAGUACCUGAUCACGCUGCCCAACCUGCACAUCGAAUCCCUGAUCUACGGCUCUCCCUUCGUGGAGCUGGAAAAGUCCGCCAAGAUCGUCAGCAGCAGCGGAUACAUUUCCAAGAUCGAUUUCUCUGGCAAGGGCUGGUUGAGCGGAAAGAAGAACACCUUCACCGCCAGCCUGUUCAAGGAAAGCGAAGGCGAGAAGAAGCCUCUCUUCACAGUCGACGGCCAAUGGUCAGACAAGUUCACUAUCAAGGACGCCCGCACCAAGGAUGCCGUCGAUAGCUGGUCCUCCAAGGACAACCCCGUCACCCCACUCACCCUUGCUCCACUUGAGCAGCAGGAUAUUUGGGAGAGCCGACGUGCCUGGAGCGACGUAGCGAGCAAUAUUCAGAAGGGCGACAUGGACGCCGUAUCCGGGUACAAGUCUCGCAUUGAGAAUGCGCAGCGUGAACUCCGCGGGGUUGAAAAGAAAGAGGGUCGCGAGUGGGAACGCCGUUUCUUCAACCGGAUUGAUGAGAGCGGCGAUAGCCCACAGACUCAGCAGCUUGCUAAGACUGCUGAUCUUGCCUUCGAGACUGAUAAGACUGGUGGCAUUUGGCGCUUCGAUGCUCAGAAGGCUGCGGGUGCUCAGCCUCCUUACCAUAAGGUUGGCGGUGAGGGACUUGGACUUACUGAGUGA